AUGGGAGAUAAUAUGAGAAGAGAUAUGCAAAAUCUCAAUUUGGGGGCCGAUGACCCACCGGUCCAGUUGCCGGUGAAUGUGGUUAAUGAAGCUGCGGCGGGAAACAGAUUUGUUCUGAUUGGAAGACCGGUGAUGCCUCGUCGUCAGAACAUCCGCUCGAUCAUUGCAACCCUUCCUCGUAAUUGGGGACAUGUGGGCGUUUAUGGCAGAAUGCUAGAGGGUAGACAAUUCCAGUUUGUUUUCCCGUCUGAGGAGGCUAUGGAGAUGGUGCUGCGCCGUGGUCCAUGGGCUUUUGCUGAUCGCAUGUUGAUCAUAGAAAGAUGGACUCCAACUUUCCAUCCGCUGAUGCUCAACUUCAUUCCGUUCUGGAUCCAGAUCCGUGGCAUACCAUUCCAAUUCAUGAGUCAAGAUGUCGUUAUGCAUAUUGGUAGGGCGUUGGGUAUGUAUAUGGAUGUUGACUACUCUGCUGAUGUUGCAGCCAGAAGAGACUAUGCGAGAGUACGGGUGAAUUGGAAUGUUGAUGAGCCACUUCGGUUCCAGAGGCAAUUUCAGUUCACGCCAGGGGUUAAUACACUGUUGCGUCUCACUUUUGAGAGACUUCGAGGAUUCUGUGAUAUCUGUGGCAGGCUCACUCAUGACUCGGGGGCUUGUCUAAUUCAAAAUGGUGGUGUCAAUCAUGAAGGUGAUGACGAUGAUAGCGACAAUGAUGAAGGUGGAGACCAUAACUUGGCCAACCAUGGGGUGAUCAUUGAAGAGAUCCAUGAAGGGGAGCAGGCAGGAGUGGAGGCAGAACCGUUUGCAAAUGAAGAACUCCCAAAUGGAAUGGAAGAUUACCCGGUGGAGAUGGCAGAAGAUGAUGACGUUGGGGGAGAGGUGGCGAUGCAUGAAAGGCAUAUGGAUCGGGAGGCAAACAAGAGGAAGACUUGGUUGGCAAGUUGUGAGGAGAAUACACUCUAUUUUUCUAGUGUGGAACGUGGAGAAUCGAGUGGAGCACAAGGCUUCAAGCGGACGAAGACUGAUGCUCUGAAUGGCAGUCCGGUAUCAUCAUCAAGUGAUGAAGAGAUCAACCCAACAGUGAGAGGCGCGGUGGGCCCUGAACCACCACUGCCACCAUGA